AUUGAACUAACUGUUCAACAUUCAUCUACAUUUUAACGGCUUUGAUAGAAUGGUUCAGAUGUUACGUUGCUUUCUCUGACAGGAAUCUAAAUGUCUUUAGUAUAUGUGGACUCAUGCUUUAUUACUGGUUAAAUUAUACUGCCCAGAUCUGAGGUUGACCGUUUGACAGAACUACUACAUUCAAAACCUAUCGAUAUACCUACAGGGGAUGACCACAACAUGGGUGAAGUAAAUGUUCCACAACCAAUGUCUGCAUAUGGGAUGCAACAGAAUGUUUCGAGUAGCCCAAUGUUGACCAUGUGAUAGAGAUGCCCUUGGAGAAUCGGUUUCGUGGGCACGUUUUAACUCCCUUGAUCAGUUCACAUGUAAGCUAACAUGUUAUAAUCCUUUUUUUUUUUUAUUGCUUUUAACAAUUAUUUGAAUGUUUCCUUUAUGUUCCUGUUACAAAAGUUGUUUCGAUUACUAAAGUUAUAUGGUUGCACUAUUGCACUCGACUUCACUUUUAUAAGAUAAAGUUAUGUUCAGGUCGGUGAAAAAGACAUUGCUUCACCUGCUGAGCUCGCAAAAGCAAUACAUGGGUAACAGGCCUUCAAAAGUAUCACCGUCAAUGUUACGCUUGUGCAGCCAAGCAUUGAGAGAAGAUGCAAAUCUGUUGGAUAACGUAUCAUAUCCUCCAAAGACGCCUAUUCGUGUUGGAAUUCCUGAAAAUGGUUUUAUGAACCCAAGAUCCCGAGACAGAUCGGCCAUAUAUGACAUGGCUCGUACGCCAUACUUGAAUGUGAAUCCAACUGCUGACCAAAAGGGUUUCAGGUCUAUGUUUGAUGGUUAUGGUGGACCAUCUGCAUCGCCAUCAUCUGUAUAUCCGAGGGAGCAUGAUGCACAACGUGGGUCUAAGCAAUUGGCCCUAAAACGCAGAAUUUCUGCGUUAGAAUAUGAUAUUGGUUCUACUACUCCCAUACGCAGACCUCGACAGAAAACUAGUCUUUCGACUCCACAAAAUUUGAGCUUGCCGGUAUAUAGAAAUCCUCUUUCUAGUCGUGGAACUGGACUUGGGUCUAAUGGUGCUCAACCCCUUAUAUCUUUUAACUGAAAACCAUUUCCUAUAGAAGAACUUCAGUAUAGAACCUUGCAUACAGAGAAUGAGGAUAACAGCACCCCCAGCGCAAGUUAUACCCCCGUUCCUUCUAAGUCUAGUGAGAUGGCUACAAGAAUGCCACCCGUAUACGAAAAAAGGCCACAAACAAAAAGGCCCUCUACACUCCCAUGAGAAAUUCUAAAUAUCCACGUUAUCAAAAAACUGUAGGAACCAAAGCAAAAAAUUUAUCAACAUGCAAAGGGAAAUGGAUGCAUGCACAAACACAUGUUAAAGAACAAAAUGAAAAAACAAAACUAACUUGAUUUUCAACACAGCAUGCACGACAAGGACAAGGAAUUCAGCAGCUCAAAAAAAUGGGGCCACAGACAUGGUGGGUGCACGACAAAUAAAUAUGAAGUUUAUAACCAUUUACUUUUUAUCAAUGUGAACAUUAUAUCCACAAGCACCCACACAAAGACUAUAAUUUGCGACUCUUACAUCUUUCUUUUGAAGUGAUAUGAUCUAAAUGAUGGUUUUAUCGUGUUGAAAUACUUUUAUUUACAAUUCUUAAUUUUAUUUCCCAGAAAAUACCAUUAAUUCCCGAAAUAAAAUAUCUAAACUAACAUAUUGACCCCUUCUUUGUCCUAAUGUAUCUGCUAAAAAAAUGAUAAAAUUAAUUGGACACACCAACUGGCGUGUCUCAAGAGUGUCGGGUGUCCUGUCGUGUUCAAUGUAUGGUGCCCACUGAUGCCAGCAGUGGCGGACCCAGCAGUUUAGCCUAAUUGGGGCACUAUAUUAAUCAUAAUUACAAAAUUCAGUUUCAUAGUUUCCCACAGCAAAAUAACACUAAACUAAGACAUGCAUUACGAAUCCUAAAUAUUUAUAGUGCAAAAUUUGUACAUAGGAAUCUAA